UUGUGAGUGUGUAGAGAACACUAUAGAGAGAGUAGAGAGGUCACGUGUUUAUCAUUCUCCAUUCCAUUCGCCGACCAAAGUCUCUCACUUUCUCACUUUUCUCCACUUCCCACACCACUGGAACUCCUCCUCCUCCCUCUUCUCACUCUCCAUUCCUCAAAUCUUCAAAAACCCCAUGAUGGGUAGCACCACCACAACCACAACCAGAGACAGUUCCGACCCUUCUUCAGCUCUCACCUACACAAACCCUCAAUCCCAAUCACUCUCAUCAUCAUCAUCCCCAAUCACAGUCUCCUCAGACAGCUUCCUAAACGACCCAACAACCUCUUCUUCUCAUAUAGGAAGCGCUUCCGGAAGUUUCCAGAAUGAUGGGUUGUUAACCGCUGAUACUAGCGGAAGUAAUAGUGAUGCUGAGUUUGGAUUCUCUAGACCUGAUUUUCGAUCGACCCAACUCGUUGGAACUGUUGAUUUGUAUCAAAGACAUGUUUUUUUAUGUUAUAAGAAUCCUCAGGUUUGGCCUCCUAGAAUUGAGGCCGCUGAGUUUGAUCGGUUGCCUAGGUUGCUUUCUGCUGCUGUUUUGGCUAGGAAAUCUGAUAUGAAGAAAGAGACUCGGUUAACAAUAUGCGAGGGACAUGAUGGAACCGAAACAUCAAAUGGGGAUGUGUUGAUCUUUCCGGACAUGAUCAGAUACAGGAGGCUGACACAUUUCGAUGUUGACACAUUUGUUGAAGAAGUUUUAGUGAAGGAGGGUGAAUGGCUACCUGGAACUCCAGAAACACUAAAAGGUUCAUAUAUUUUCGUAUGUUCUCAUGGUUCCCGAGAUCGUCGAUGUGGAGUUUGUGGACCAGCUCUGGUCAGUAAAUUCAGAGACGAAAUAGAAUUACUUGCAUUACAAGGAAAAGUCUCUGUUAGCCCAUGUUCACACAUUGGAGGGCAUAAAUAUGCUGGAAAUGUGAUUAUAUUCGGACCAAAUGUUAAGGGAGAAGUAACUGGACACUGGUAUGGCUAUGUUAGUCCAGAUGAUGUAUCUGCAUUACUUGAAUUGCAUAUUGGGAAAGGAGAAAUUGUAGAUAGGCUUUGGAGGGGUCAGAUGGGUUUAUCAGAGGAAGAACAAAAGGAAUCUCAGUACCAGAGACUCCAGUUAAACGGUGAAACUAAUGUCGGUAAGGACAUAAGUGAGUUGGUACAAACACAGAGAGCUCAUUCAAACAAUGGUGCUAUCAUAUCCUCGGGCGAUAUUAUGAGCUGCUGUCAGGAAUACGGAAGCACUUCGUGUUGUCAAACCCCUGCAUUACCCGAGAAGAAGUAUAGUUUCGAGGAUGCAAACGAGAAAUCAAAGAAAGUUGUUGUGGUAACUGAUAAGAAAAAGAGCAACCGAAAUUUACUCUCUCGGAUGAAUAGUGGCAAAGGGUCUUCAACACGAAGAGUUUGUUCUAUGCCGACAUGGUUGGAGAGUUGGGAGCGUGAAGAUACAUACGCGGCUUUAGCAGUUGCUUGUGCUGCUCUAUCGGUUGCUGUUGCUUAUAGCUGCUACAAACAAUCGAGAUAAGUCUACGAACCUCACACUUUAUCAGAGCGAUCGUUGUUUCGAAAAGUCGAGAUAGUUUACAAACCUUACUUCACUCACUGGUGUGCUAAAAUAUUUUGUAAUACACCAAUAGAAUGAAAGAAGUAUAGUGAUUAUGGAAGAAAGAUAAGUUUUUUUUUCCCAGAAAAUUUACCACAGGUGUUGUAAAAUGUGGGGCUUGGCUUGGGGGAUGUAUUUGGUUUGUUUUCUCUUUCUUCUGUUCUUUUUUUUUGUUUUCCUAUGUAUUGAUAGAAGUUUGUAGUUGUGAAUAUAUGAAUGUUUUUCCUUAAACUUUUACAUGAAUUCCACUUAUUCUUUUCUUGAAAA